UUCUUUCUCCAGUCGCUCUGCACCACCUCCACAUUCACGACCGCGAGUACGAGAACCAGUUCGAUUUUUCUCUCUCCAAAAACCAAAACGAAUUCUGCACCGCACAUUUCUCCCGUUGCUCUCCUGCUCUCACAACAAACCCAUUUUAUUCAGGCAGUCAGUACUCUGGGGAAAGUUGCAAGGGCAAGAGUGAAAGUACGGCUUGGCACGGGGCCAAUAUUUCUGGGGGAGAGCUAGCUGCUGUUAUCUCACAUGAUCUCUUCUUCUUCGUGUCCUUCUCCUUGAAUUCAUUCGAUCACAACAAAUGUUUGUCUGCUCUUGUUACGAAAUCUCUUUUCUGUCAACUGCAGCAGGAGGUGGUUAAGUAGUUAAGUUUUUCUUGUCCGGAGAAAAAAAUACGGAACCACGUGAAGAAAAGUAAUCAGCAAGAAAUUUGGGUAAAAUUACGUACACAAAACCUCUUCGGAUUUCAAAACCAUCUGCGACUGAAUUACGGCACGAAUCAACCUCUGAUUGUGACAUUAAUAAAUGUUUUUCAUUUCACGUGCCGACUUUGCCAAAUUAUUUAUUGCUCCUGUUCAAAUUAUCAUAUAAAGUGGACACUUGAAUAAAUUGAGCAACACGGUGAUACCACGAGAGAGUGAAGCACAAGUAGUACUGCAUUUCUCUAUUCGCCCAUUCAGUCGGAACAAGAACAACAACAAAUGAGGCCAAUGCAAAACAAAGAGGAGAACAUUUCUGCUCGUAGCGAGACAAGAUAGUCAUUCUCAUUAUUCGACGAGGACUUUACUGCAGAGAGGAAGGCAGGCAUAUUUCCCAGUGGACAGAGAUACCCGUAUCAUCAUUUCCUUCCGUCAGACGAGAAGACUUUCUCCAUUUGACUUUCUCGCCCAGGAUAAUUCUGAAAAGUACUGUUUAUGAGGAUUAUAAGUGUCAAAACUGAAACUAAAUUACGCCAAAAUUACAAAAUAUACUAAACGACUCGAAAACUAACUAAAAUACCAGAUUUUAAUUGAGCUUCUCGACAUUAUUAUCGCUCGAGUUUAUUUAAAACUAUAAUAUAAAUUGGACACGAAGAAAAGGAGCUUGUGACAGCUUUCAACUUUAACAAUGGGGUCCUACCUGAAGUCACCAACCUUGUUUCCGUAUGACAACUUCAAUUCUCAAGAUGACGCCCGGCAGCUCACGGUCGCUCUGCAGAUGAAAGAUUCGAGUCGCGAUGCAGCCACUAUUAUACACAUUUUGUGUCGAAGAUCUUCUUCCCAGCGACAGGAGAUCAUUAAUUCGUACAAGGAACAAACCAUGCGGGAUUUAUACCAAGACGCGAAAUCCUCGCUGAGUGGAAAGUUCUCCAAAGUGAUCCGCAGUUUGCUGAGGGCUCCAUUUGAAUAUUUGGCGUCUGAUAUCAAGAAGGCGAUGGCAGGGCUGGGGACGGACGAGGAUUGCCUCACCGAGGUGCUGUGUUCCCGAUCGAAUGACAAGAUCCAAUUGAUCACCCUGGCAUUUCACAAUCGGUAUGGACGGACUAUUCAGGAAGAAUUGGAGGACGAGUACAAAAUCUCGUCAGAGUACAAAGAACUUCUCGGAAUGCUUUUGAGCGGAAUAAGGGACGAAAAGCGACCUCCAGACCCAGAAAAGGCGAGGAAACGUGCGGAGACUCUUUUCGUUGCGGAGAGAAACGCCUGGUCAACCGAGAGAAAGAUCUUCAUGCGAUUACUUACUCACGAGCCGGUCGAACAGCUUCGCGUUAUUUUUGACGAAUAUCGAAGAAUGUCUGGCCAAUCGAUGCAAGAAGCCAUUCAAACUGAAUUUUCUGGAGAUUUGCGCAACGCCAUGUUGACGAUUGUGAAAAGCGCCAUCAACAGGGCGCAGUACUACGCUGAAAAAUUGGAAUCUGCUAUGAAAGGUCUUCGUUUCGAUGAUGACACAAUAAUCCGGAUUAUUGUAUCGCGCUGUGAGAUUGAUCUCGACGAAAUCAAAGGCGAAUAUCUCAAGAUCUACCACAAGACACUUUAUCACUCUAUUCAAACCAGGAUCAGUGGCGAUUACCGGACUGCCAUGCUGGCUUUGAUAGGAACUCCGUAAAGAAAAAAAUAUGUUACGAAAACAAACUAAAAAUUGUUACCCUUUUAAAAGAAAAACUCCAAAUUGUAUGCUCCUUCUUUGAUGAUAAGAUAUACAUAAAAAAAUCUAUGUAAAUAGCAUGUAACCAGUCAUUUCAUUAUAUUGAUGCGUAAAUCGAUUUUUAAUGACAUCUCUCUCUCUCUCUCUCCAAACUCUACCAAUGUUCAAAAUCAAAUUACUAAAAGUAUGUAUCUACAUAAAAAUAUGCAGAGGUUUUUGACGAGUAGUCAUCACCAUCAUCACGAAAAAAUUACUUGCGUCGACCUUUUGCUCACUUAAACUUUUCCGUGCGAAUAUUGAUUUUAUCUUUAUCUAACCUGUACUGCAUGCUAUUUCGAUUUAAUGAGUGCCAUGAAAAAAAAUUGGGCAAAUCCUUAUUUACGUAACGUAACAAAGAAUGAAGAGUUUUACCAACUCGACCGACUCGACUCUUAACCAUUUGAGACCCGUACUGUACCUUAUUACCAAAAUACACGUUCUAUGUAAUCGUAAGUAUAUCCGUGUAGCUGUAGCUGCUAAAUAACGAAGUAAAUUAGGUUUGGCAACUUUACAGAGUUGAAUAGAUUUGUGUUUUCUACCCGACUUUCUCUCUCGCUCGAGUAGGUUUAGAAGAAUGGAAAAUAAAUUAUGUUCAACCCUUUGGCAAGGCCUGGGUCCAUUUUUAAUGACCGUAAUUACAUAAAUAUGGAUGUACUUAAAUACUACUGGAGACUUUUACCUUGAUGCCAAAAUAUUGUCAACUUUUUCGUCUCUAACAAAAAAAAUCUAAAUGUUACAUGGUGCUUAAAAAAUUGCUGUCCCAUACAAACAAAGUAAAUGAUAUAAGUUUGGUGGAAAUUUAUGUUUAUAGUCAGCUUUUUAAAAUUUUAUGUAUUAAUUAGUUGAAUAUGUAAGAAUAAUUGUGCUGUUAUAUACAUACAUUCCGAAAUUUUAUCCUCUGUUAAACUAAUAUUAACAAGAUUUUGCUGGACUCCGGACCAUAUAUAUUCCCAAGUGAAAAUAGACUAGAAAUGUGUUUGUCUAACCAAUGUGCGCAAUGUGAACCUAACACAAGAUACCCGUCAUUAUCGUUAACUACUUAAUGAUUAUUGUGAAACUUAAUAAAUCAACAAAAACGAGACAAAAAAUUAA